UUGACAUGUUAGUUCACAAAAAAAUAUUCAAUAAUUAUACCUACAAAAGAUAAGAUAAAACUUGAAUAAACCACUCUGUCGCUGUACGUCUUUCGUACGCAUCUCAUAUUUCAUUUAAAAAGUGAAAUACAAAUUCUUUUGAAGCAGAAAGCAAUUAAGUAUUAUAAUGUCAGUUCAAAGGAUAGACAUCACACAGCCUCUAUGGGAUCAAAGCACAUUCUUUGGGAGGUUCAGGCAUUUUGCAUUCAUCUCCAAUCCCCUGUUGUCCUUGGUGCCUGAAAAAGAGUUGUAUGAAGCCAAAGAGUUGUAUUUUCAGUACAAAGCAGGAAAAGAGCCAAAGGAUACGCCUUAUGAAAAGGUCGUAAAAGCAAAGCAGCUCUAUGAAUCAGCAUUCCACCCGGACAGUGGUGAGCUGCAGAAUGUCUUCGGAAGGAUGUCAUUCCAGAUGCCUGGUGGGUGUCUUGUUACGGGAGCCAUGUUGCAGUGGUACAGAACCGCGACGGCCGUGGUGUUCUGGCAAUGGGUGAACCAGUCGUUCAACGCGCUCGUGAAUUACACGAACCGAAACGCGAAUUCACCGCUCACGACGACGCAGAUGGGCGUCGCAUACGUUUCGGCGACAUCAGCCGCUAUGGCCACGGCGUUAACGUUUAAAUUCGUGGUGCAGAAGCGCGCUACGAAUCCUAUUCUGGCUAGAUUUGUACCAUUCGUGGCGGUGGCUGCGGCCAACUGGGUCAACAUUCCGCUGAUGAGGCAAAACGAAAUUAUAUUAGGUUUGGAUGUGACAGACGAGAAUGAUAAAGUAAUAGGGAAGUCGCAAUUGGCGCCCGCCAAGGGGAUAUCGCAGGUCGUAACCUCCAGGAUCGUGAUGUGCGCGCCGGGCAUGCUGCUGCUGCCCGUGAUCAUGGAGAGGAUCGAGCACCGGCCGUGGAUGCAGCGCAUCAAGUGGGCGCACGUGGGCAUACAGACCGCCAUCGUCGGCAUGUUCCUCACAUUCAUGGUGCCCACUGCGUGUGCAUUGUUCCCACAGAGAUGUAAAUUGUCCAUAGACACAAUCAAGCGUUUCGAGAAGGACAAGUACGAUGAAAUAGUGAAGAACACAGGUGGAAACCCGCCGGAGUAUGUUUAUUUCAACAAGGGCUUGUAAAUGAAUAUAUGUUGUUAAAGUAAUACGAUUAGUCACGUAAGUAGGAUUUAAAAUACGCUACAAUAUCCCCUUACUUAAAAAAAAUACGCUCCCAUAUUAACAAUGUCUAAUUCGACAUUUAAUGUCAUUAUUUUGACGUUAAAUGUCAGUCAUCAUAUGAUGGCAUCACUCAUUGAUUAGGUUUUUUUUUAAUUUAUUUAGCGAUAAGUAAUGGAGUUAUUGUUUCCAUUGACAAUUGGCUGUUUUACUAGUAGUUGUUGUUGAUUUACUUUCGGAAGAUUUGAUGUCGAUAUAUUUAAUAAUUUGUAAUUUUCAAGUGAAAUACGGUCUAAUUUUUAAAUUUGCCAAAAUGAACUAGUCUAGACAGGUCGAGACUAAAUAGUGAUGGGAGUGAGCUUGAACAAUGCGAUAUUCUUUCGGAAUGAAUAUAGGUUCAACCAGUUCAUUUAAAGUAGCUAGAUCUUAAGGUAGAAGUGUAAUAUAAAUAGUUGCACAACACUAUGAAUAUUGACACGUUGACUGCCGACUACGAGAUAACUCGUAGAUUGAGUUUUUUUCUAGGACGCCAACUACGAGUUAUCUCGUCCUGUGUUUUCUUGCCAUUUUUGUGCAGCUAUGAUUAAACUUGGAAUAUACCAGUGCUAAUAUCGAUAGAUGGCUUCUGGGAAAGGAACAAAAAAUCAUUGUGUAAACAGAAAAUUUAUUAAAAAUUAACCAAAAAUAUAUAAUUAAUAAAUUUAUUCAAAUUCAAAAAGUAAAAUGAUAUUUUAACAUUUGUUUAAUUCUUUUUGUUUUUUGAUAAUAUGCAUUAGAAUUACAGGUUUUAAUAAUUUAAUGUGAUAAAAUCAAAUUGUCACAUUUUAGGAUUUUUUAAUAUUGCCGUGGCAGUCAAUGUGUUAAUUUAUUGUAAAUUGUUCAUACUUCAAGUGGUUACAUAGAUUCAUUUACCAGUUUCGCUAUAUAAGGGAAGUGUUGACUCUUAAACAAGGUAGUGGUUACUUGUUCUGUCUUGUUGUGGUCUUGUGGAAAUUUCUAUAAGAUUUUAAUAGGUAGAUCUAAAAGUAAGGAAAUUUUAGAAUCUAUGAGUCAAAUUUUCUUUUAAAAAUUUACGAGAUAAGGGACAAGCCAUCAAUAAAAAAAAUGACUGUUCAUUUGUAUGGUUUUAAAAAAGCGGGAAAAGUGCUAGAAAUUCAGAGAUAAAAUUUAUGAUGUCUAUGAAUUUACGCGCCAAAUCGUAGCUAUUUUGUUUACUAAGUUUUAAUUAUUCUAAAAAUUGUUAAGUCUUCGUGAUUUGUGUCAUUGAGAGUUAUUUUUUAAUUUUGAAAAAUUUACGCGUGAAAUAGUGGAAUGUUUUGGACAGUUUCAACUAUUUUUUUUUAAUUGUUAAAGCUUUAAAUAUUUUUUUUAUUGUUUUUCAAUUGUUUGGUUUUUUGGAAUGUUUUUUUUUCAUGCUUUAGUCUUGAUUCACACGAAUUUUUAUUAUAUUGCUAGUUCGUAAACACGAUACUUAUUCAUACAUACUUGCAUGUUAAUUUUAUAUUGUUAUUAUUAAAAAAAUACGAAAGCAUUUGUGUAAAGCAGAUUGGUAAUAUAUCUGUAUUUUAUCUGUAAUAAAUUUUCUAUUGUACAAAUACAAAACAAAAACCUUAUGUUCUAUCUCUUUCUAAUUGCGCGAUAAAUAUUUUUUUUGUUCUAUUAUCCCAGUGAGAAAAACCAAGGCUCUGUACCCAUACAGCCUAAAUUAGAAUAAGGUACGCAUGAACGGCGGAAUCAUUUCAUUUGAAUGAAAAAUAAAAAUAAAUCUAUGUGAAAAACUGUAAUAUUGUGUCAAGAGUAUAGAAUUAUUUCAUUGUACAAAUAGAAAAUGUUUAAGAAAUUGUUAACGCCUAUUGGUCUAGUGAUUUGGUGGUACUUAGAUCAGGUGCUUCGACUAAUUAUUGAAAAUUCCAUUAAAAAAUGUGGGUGUUAUUCUAAUGUUUUUUUUUUUAAACAUUUUAACGAUUUAUAGUGACGAUGAUAACUUAAAAUGUUAUAUAAAAAAAGAGAUUAACCGAAAUUUAAAAAUGGCGGCAAAAUAAUUUUCCUUACAGCGCCAAAUUGUUAGAUCUGGCACUGAUUUAUGUAUCUCCACACUGGGACUUAAGGCCAUUAUCCAACAUCAUGUUUUCUUGCUCUAGUGCUAUUUUUUUAUACUAAUUAUUAUUUUGUUGUAUAUAAAGCUUGUGUAGGUUUUUUUUGUAAUCAUGAGAUCUGGUCAUUUUUUAAUAUUCGUGUCAUAUAUUUUUUAUUUUUUUUUUCAUGAUGUACAUUCCAAAUAACGCCUUGCGAACGCUUUUUAAUAUUCCGUUUUUGUUCACUUUAUGGUUUUAAAUAUAUUUUUUUUAAGUCUAGUCUUUAAUUUGCUGUAACGCUCAAUUUAGUUUUUGUUUUAUGGAAAAAAUAACAAAUUUUGUAAUCGAGUAGAAAUGUUGCACCAAAAUUGUAAGAUUGGCAUUCUUUUUUAAAUGUUUGAAAAAACAUUUUAAUUUUGUUAUGUUGCUAACGAAUUAUGCUUGUUUUAACGCCACAUUUGGAAUUAUAAGCAAUAAUUAAAGUUGUUUGAUAAUUUAUGGUGUAUUAUUAAUUAGUUGUUAUGGUUGAUGGUAUAAAAAUAUCUCACGAUGUUUUAGUACAGUCUAUGGUACGAAUAGACAAUUUUUUUUUUGUUAACACAACGACAAAAGAUUGGAGUAACACUGCCAUGUAAGGUACGUAGGUGAACAGUAUAGGUAUAAACUGUUCUAUAGUACAUAGAUGUUGUGUAGGUGAAAAUGAUGAUGAUGUAGGAUGAUGAUGAUUGUCUUGGUCAUUUAAUAAUCUUAUAGUCAUCUUCUAUUGAGGACACACUACUUGCAAACUAUUUUAAUUCAGAAAAACUCAGCUUUUGUAUAAUGUGGCCACUAUCCUAAUGUCGAAGUUAGGACGUUAGAACAACUGAAGGUACUGCUCAUGUCUAUAGGUGACGGUUACCACUUUCUAUCAGGUGGGCCGUCAGCUUGUUUGCCAUUCUAAGUUGUAUAAAAAAAAGUUCUUUAUUUGUACACGUUAUGGACGUGUUUAUAUUUUUUGUCUCUCCUAAUAAAUAAAAAGUGCAUAAGUUAAUUUUUUUUUCAAGCUAAAACAAAGAUAAUAUUUUUAAUUUGUCGCAUAAUUACAUCAAUGUGUAUAAACUACUUUUCUUUGUACUACUGCGCUUCCGAACCGGUAGGACCUACUAUUUAGUUUAGUAGGUCAUACUAAUUUAGUUUGGUAGUAACUUAAAAGCGUAUUAAAUGAAUCAUUGGAAUAGUAAUAACGUUCUUUGUUGCUUUCUGAAGCUAAAACAAUAAAUUAUUAUAAAUAAA